CAUUCUCACUCACACACACACUUUUCUCUCUUCUCCUUGUUUCUCUUUCUUUGUCACCAUCUUUUUCCUGUGUCUAUCGCUAGUCCUGUUCCUGCCAGCCUCCUAUAAAUAGGCGCAGGAGGUUCGUUAAACCCUCCCAGCUUCGCCUUUUCUUCUCCAAUCCUUUUAAGCUCAAGAACAUACCCUUACUAUUGUUCCUCUAUAAAGUUUGGACAGGCAGUGGGAGAGAUAGGGAAGAAGAGUAAGAAAGAGAGGGUGUGUUAGCUUCGAGGAGUCAUAGAGAAGAGAAAGAGAGUGUGUGUGUGAGAGAGAGAGAGAGCAUGGGAAGAGGGGAAUAUGGAGGGGGGAAUGGGGUGGCAGCCGAAGCAGGAGCAGCAGCAACAGCAGCAGCAGCAGCAAUGCCGGGGUGGCUGGGGGGGCUGGUGGAGGAGAGCUUCUUCGUGGGCUGCGGGGCCCAUGAGAGCCGGAAGAAGAACGAGAAGAACAUCUUCUGCCUCGACUGCUGCACCAGCAUCUGCCCCCACUGCGCACCCGCCCACUCCUCCCACCCUCUCCUCCAGGUGAGGCGUUACGUCUACAACGAUGUGGUUCGAUUGGAUGAUCUCGAGAAGCUGAUAGACUGCUCUUAUGUUCAGCCUUACACCAUCAACAGUGCCAAAGUGGUGUUUCUGAAGCCAAGGCCUCAAUCCAGGCCUUUCAAGGGCUCGGGAAACAUUUGCUUGACCUGUGACAGGAUCCUCCAAGAGCCCUUCCACUUCUGCUCCCUCUCCUGCAAGGUGGAUCAUGUUCUGCUGCAAGGGGCGGACCUGUCGAGCAUACUGUUCAGGUUCAACGACUCGGACCUCGCCUUCUCCCACUUCGAGAACCUCCGGGUUGACAGCUCCGAUCUCCUCAUCGAGGACGACGGCCAAGUCACCCCGAGCUCGACCCUGGAGGAGCGCCACGGCUGCUCGGCCUCGGCCAACGGCGGCAGGGGCAGUCUGGGGAAGAAGAAGAAGACCGGUGGCUUCUUCCCUCAGAUCGUCCUCUCCUUGAGCAACAGGAGGAAGGGAGCUCCUCACAGAUCUCCCCUCUCCUAAUGUAGAUGGCUGUGGCUGUGGUGCACGAAAUGCCCCUAUCCAUGUGGGG